AUGUCGACCCAUGAGAAGACCAUCGAUCAACAUGCCCUCGAACAUGUCAACACUCUUGACAAGAAGGAUGUCGUCGAGGUCAAACAAGUCAGCGGCAGCGAGGCCUACAAUGAAGCUUUGAUCCAAGAGCCCGUCUCUUGGAGGGACCGCCGCAUGUUGCUGUUGUUCGUCGUCUUGUUGCCGGGGUUCUUCUGCCAGACCAUGAACGGUUACGACACCAUGCUCUUUGGCGGCCUGCUCAACAACAAGGAAUACUUUCUCAAACACUUCCACGGCGAGAACAAGGGCAUCUGGGCGGGGCUGAUCACGUCCAUGUACCAGAUCGGCGGCGUCUGCGCCUUGCCCUUUGUCGGCCCCUGCAUCGACCAGUGGGGCCGUCGCCCGGGCAUGUUCAUCGGCUCCUUUUUGAUCAUCGUCGGCACCGUCGUCCAGGGCCUCACGUCCGCCAACGCCUCCGAGGGUCAGAUGAUGGGCGGUCGGUUCGUCCUCGGGUUCGGCGUCUCCAUCGCCGCCGCCGCGGGGCCCAUCUGGAUCGUCGAGACGGCCCACCCCAAGUACCGGUCCGUCGUGACGGGCCUCUGCAACACCACCUGGCUCGCGGGGUCCAUCUUGUCGUCGGGCAUCACCCGUGGAGGCCUGGACAUCGACAACAACAACUCCUGGUUGAUCCCCAUCUGGUUCCAGAUGGUCUUCCCCGGGUUGAUCUGCAUCUUUGCUUUUCUCAUCCCGGAAUCUCCGCGGUGGCUCUACGCCCAGGGCAGGCGCGAGGCCGCCGUCGGUCUGCUCACCAAAUGGCACGGCGACGGGGACCGGGAGUCCGCCUGGGUCAAGCUCCAGCUCGCCGAGUACGAAGAGUACCUCGAACUCGAUGGAUCGGACAAACGAUUCUGGGAUUACCGUGCUCUCUUCAACAAACGAUCCAGCAUCAUUCGUAUCUCCGUGGCAUGUUGGUUCUCGGCCUUUACUCAAUGGUGCGGAAAUGGUGUCUUGUCGUACUUUAUGGCGGCCGUUCUCGACACCGCGGGCGUCAACAGUUCCAUCGGCAAGGCCAACGUCCAACUCGGUUACAGCGUCGAACAAUUCGUCUGCGCCGUCAUCGGGGCCCAUUUCGUCGAGAAGAUCGGUCGUCGCAAGAUGAUGCUGUGCGGCUUCUUUGGCGUGUCCGUCGUUUGGGUAUGCAUGACAGCGUCGGCCGGUACUCUAGCCAACUCUCUUGUGUCUGGAAGUGUCAAUGACAGCGACGCCGUCUUCACCAACAAGAACGCUGGUAAUGCGGUGUUGGCGUUCAUUUUCGUCUUUGGUGCAGUAUACUCGUUCAACAUUACUCCAUUACAGGCUCUGUACCCAGUCGAAUGUAUCUCAUUCGAGAUCCGAGCCAAAGGAAUGGCAUUCCAAUCAUUCUUCGUCAACGCCGCCGGUCUCUUGAACCAAUUCGCCUGGCCCAUCGCCAUCAAAAAGAUUCAAUGGAAGACGUACAUCAUCUUUGUGGCGUGGACUUUUAGUCACGGUGUUUUGGCCUAUUUUUUCUUCCCCGAAACCAGAAAGAGAACGCUCGAGGAACUUGACAAAAUCUUCGAGGCCAAAAAUCCCGUCAAGUAUUCCGUCCAACAACAUACCUUGGCCAUCACCGAGGACAAGACCGUGGUCGCCCUAGACAAGGAAAAGGGUCAAGUUUGAGGUUUGCUG